AUGUUGAUGUUUUAUAUAAACUUAAAAAACUUCUUUCAAACUGUUUCCAGUAGCUAUUAUAAUAAUAAUAUUAAAUUGUGUACCUUAGGAACUUUAUUCCUUGUAGCAUGUGCAGAAAGAAUUGCUCAUAUUACAUACAUUACCUACCAACUAAUGUAUUAUUUUACUUUUUUCAGAUUAGAGCUAUAUGACCAAAAUUUUAAUUUUGGUCGUGCUGAAAGAGUCGAUGGCCAUGAUCCUAAAAUGGACUUACCAUUAGGAGACACAUAUCGUGAUAUAAACAGUAACACUGUUUUGCCACCUAUUGACAAAACAGCAUUAAGGCAUUAUUUAAACUACACUCUGAAGAAGUCAAGCAUGGCCAAUGAGCUAUAUGAAAGCCGGCAUUUACUAACGGCCAGAUCUUCUGUUGUUGGGGAUUAUACUUAUGUGAAAGGACAUUGCAGGAAAACAAUGAGGAACCUGCAGUAUGAAGUUAAUAUCAAACUUCAUAAGGAUGGGAAUCCUGUAGAAUCCCAUUGUGAAUGUCCUGCGGGAAGUGCUGUGAAUGCCGUUUGUAAGCAUGUUGCUGUUCUCUUACUAGGAAUUGAGAAUAUGGUUCAUGAAAAGUUUAUACUUCUCCAUGAAGUGUGCACACAAAAAUUACAACAAUUCCAUAUACCAAACAAAUUUUACACUGGUACCCCAGUCCACGCAGAAAAAAUGAGUAAGAAAAAGAAGGUAAUAUUUGAGCCUUAUCCUCUGAAAACUCUUAACAGAGUAAGUUAUAAUACAUUAGUCAGAAAUUUAAUAAUUGGUUUUCCUAACUCACACAUGCCUUUGAAACAACUUUAUGAACCAGCAAACCCAUACGCAUUAACUAAUGACCAUGACUACACAUCUGUUCAUCCUAAACAACAGUUAUUGAAAAAUCUGAAAUUGCUAGAAAUAACUCCAGAAGAAAUCAACGAAAUCCAAAAUUUGACGAUAGGACAGCUUGAGUGCUCCCACUGGCAUGAGUACAGAAAAAACCGUAUCACAGCCAGCAAUUACCACACAAUAUGCCAUUUAAAAAGUGCAACAAUGGUGAAAUACGCAAGUGAAUUGUUAAAUAAAAAAUAUUUCACUUCUAGGGCAACGACUCAUGGCUUACAAAAUGAAAAAAUUGCUCUAGCAAAAUAUGCUAAUAUAUAUGAUUUGCUAGUGGAGCCAUGUGGCAUUUUCAUUAGCCAAGAGCGCCCAUAUCUUGCUGCAUCUCCUGAUGGUGUGUUGGGCGAAGAAACUAUAAUUGAAGUGAAAUGUCCAUAUGCUAGCAGAAAACAUGAAAUUAAUAUAACAACGGUGCCUUACUUAGAACAAUGCAACGGGAUAUUGUCUCUAAAAAAAACCUGCCCAUAUUAUUAUCAAAUCCAAGGGCAGUUAUACUGCUCAGGCAAAACAUACUGCAACUUGGUCAUUUAUACUUACAAGGACAUCAAAGUGGUUUACGUUGAAAAAGACAAUAAUUUUAUAAAUAAUAUGUUAAAUAAAUUAGAUAUCUUUUAUGAAAAUUUUUUUUUUUUUUUUUUUAUUGCCUUUGUAGGCAGACGGGCAUACGGCCCACCUGAUGGUGAGUGGUUACCGUCGCCCAUGGACUUCAGCAAUGCCAGGGGCAGAGCCAAGCCGCUGCCUACCGCUUAAUACUCUCCAUAAGCCUCGUUUGAAGAAGGACAUGUCAUAGCGCUCGGGAAACACCGUGGAGGGGAGCUCAUUCCAUAGCCGGAUGGUACGUGGCAAAAAAGAAAAUAUUAUGAAAAUAUUUUCAAAGAAGCAUUGUAUGAAAAAUAUCUGUAUUAUAACUAUACACACUUGUCGAAAUAAAAAAUCAGUAAUA